GAGCGCUUCAGGUGGUGCUACAAGCAGUUGGCGGGGUGUGAGGCAUGUUCAGUCAGUAGUGUGUGUCAGUGUAGCUCCUAAAUGGUCCGUCGCAGAUGUUGUGAGGUGAAAUGGCUCUGCUGCGACUGAGAAACGCGAAGGGUGCGAAUGCCUCAGAGAUAGAGAGGAAAAUUAAAAGAGGUAAUGCAUUGAGGCAAGGAUCUUCAUGGCGGAGCUCCCGUGGACUUGUGGCCUUGCUGCUGGUGGCUUUGUUUACAUGUGUGGUGGCCACGUGGUUGUAUGUGACCUCCCUGGACAGUGACAUUACAGAAACUCUGGUCAGCCAGUGGGAGCUGGUCUCUCCUCAGCCCAGAGUCUACAGCGUCCAGUGCUCUGAAGACUAUGAAAACUACAAACGUUACCCAGGAUGCACUCCUCAGAAGUGUGGCCGUGCAGUCACAGACAACGUGGUGACAAGGGAGGAGGCUCAGGUCCUCAGGAGACUGGCUGAGAGGGGGCUGGCGCUGGCUGGGUCGGAGGGAGGAGCCUCCAUACUGGACCUGCACUCUGGGGCGCUGUCAAUGGGAAAACAAUUUGUCAACAUCUACAGCAGGUAUUUUGGGGAUCAGAUCAGCGAUGUGUUCACGCAAGAAGACUUCCAGCUUUACAGAAAUGUUCGUGGACGAAUCCAGGCAGUUAUUGCUGAGACGUUUGGUUUGAACCCAGCGCUGAUGUACCUCACCAAGCCCACCUUCUUCUCCAGAAUCAACAGCACGGCAGCCAAGACCCAACAUGACGAGUACUGGCACCCACACAUUGAUAAGGUGACUUAUGGCUCUUUUGACUACACCUCUCUACUGUACCUGUCUGACUACGGCUCUGACUUCACUGGAGGAAGAUUCGUCUUCAUGGACCAAAAUGGCAACCGGACAGUGGAACCACGCGCAGGACGAGUCUCGUUCUUCUCUUCUGGCUCGGAGAACCUCCACCGGGUGGAGAAGGUGACAUGGGGGACGCGCUACGCCAUCACCGUGUCCUUCACCUGCGACCCUGCACAUGGCAUCUCUGACCCCGCCCUGCCCUGAGGCAUCCACUGGAUGAUGGAUAACACCGCUGGCCACUGGCUCGGACAAGCCCUGCAGCAAAGAGAGGGAUCAGAAGGGAAGGACAAGGGGAAAGACGAGGAAACUGUGAGAUUUUAUACACAGGUUUUACUGGUAUACUCUAGCUGCACAGUCACUAUCUGUCAUUUUUAUUUUCAGGUCUUGACUUACUUCCCCUUACUGAAUGUGCAGCAGAAAAAAAAAUCCACAUGUGGGCUCCCUCUCUUAUGUAGAGGUGUUUUCCUUGUUGUUACCACCCCGUUUGUUUCUAUCCAGUUUUCUACAGCGGUUUGUUUUUUCUUUCUCCAUCUUAAUCGCUGGUAUUAGGGGUCUGUGGAUUCCCCACAGGUUUCCACAAGCUGCUCUCCUUGAUCAUUCAGGUGACAGCUUGAGAACAAAGUGUUUUUCUGCUGAAACAGACUUAAAGAGGCUAAAGUGGGAUUGUGUUUCUUCUGCUUGUUUCUGUAUGUUUUUCUUUUUAAGGAGAGCUGUCGAUUCCUUGAAGAACAGAUACAAAUCUGGUGAAACUCUCACUGAAUCAAGCGUUCAUCACCAAAUCUCCCACUCAUGUUCGCUCCCCAGACUAUGACCCAGGAGGUAUUUUUGUCUCAGAAGGAUCCACUCCCCGUUCAAGAGAAUAAUGGCUCUUUCUAGUUUACUUCUGUGAGGUCGGUGAGGAUGGUUUGAAGUAAAAUGCUGACCUGAAAA